AUGGCAUCAUCGACGCAAAAUUCACAUUCUGAUUAUCAACCUCCGGUUAUUGACAUAAAUAUAAAUGUUAAUGUGGCUAAAUUAAAUAACGAUGGAGCGGAUUUGGGUGAUUUAUUAACUGGUCCAUCACGUCCAGUCUUAAAGUCAUAUCCGAAGACAAAAUAUAAACAUCAAAACCGUAGCUUUAAUGCAGCUUAUUACAACAGCUUUGUAUGGCUUGAAUACAGUAUUGCAAAUGAUGCUUUAUUUUGUUUUGCUUGUCGUAAUUUCGCUACAUCUAGUAACAAAAAUAACGAAGAUAUUUUUACAAAAGCUGGUUUUAAACAUUGGAAAAAGUUAAGUGGUUCAAGAGGUGCCAAUAAGGGCAGUAAAAGUAAGCUUGAAUUACAUGAAGCAACAAUACAUCAUAUUACUUGUAUGGAAAAGUGGAUGGCUCAUAAAGAAACUGAAAAAACUGGUACUGUAUUGACUCAAAUUUCAUCUCAACAUAAGCUGUUAAUCGAAAGCAAUCGUAUGUAUAUAAGAACCCUUAGUGAAGUAACAUUAUUUUUGUGUCGACAAGGUUUGGCAUUCAGAGGUCACGAUGAAUCCAUCGAUUCACUUAAUCAAGGAAAUUUUAAAGAAACCUGCAAUUUGUUAGCAAAAUUUUACCCUGAAUUUGCUCAGAAGUAUAAAGAAAAAACCAACCAUACAAGCCAUGGAAUUCAAAAUGAAUUAAUAAGUAUAUGUGCUAAUAUAUUAAGAGAAACUAUUAUAAAAGAAGUCAAUGAUGUAGGCAUAUUUGGUAUCAUGUGCGAUGAAGCUAGGUGUUUUAAAGAAGAGCAGAUGGCAUUAUGUAUAAGAUAUUGCAAGGGAUUGGAUAUAAAAGAAAGAUUUUUGGGUUUUAUCGAUUGUUCUAUGAAACAAGACUCAGAAAGUUUAAGUCAACUCAUGUUAGAAUAUCUUAAACAAUGCAAGUUAAGUCCCCAGGUAGCAAUUGUAGCACAGUUCUAUGACGGGGCCAGUGUAAUGUCUGGGCGUUUUAAUGGUGUACAGGCAAAAAUUAAAUCAAAAUACCCAUUUGCAAUAUACACGCACUGCAUGGCACAUCGAAUUAAUCUCGUGGUAUUAGAUAUGUGCAAAAUUGUGAAGGAUACUAGAUGUGUUUUUGAUACAUUGGAAGCACUUUAUAUACAUUUUUCCAAUCCAACCAAUAACCUUGCGGCAUAUUUCGAUGAGUAA